CAACGGACUUCUUUAUAGUCUCUCUUUGCAGAGAAGGAGGUUGGAUCAGCUUCUGAAUUGUGUUCUGAUCGUGGAGACUUGUACGGUAGAUCAUCCUUUUAAAAUGGCAACAUACCUGGUCCUUCUUGCCUGCUUAUGCGUUGGGAUCCAAAUUUUCUCCGGAUUUGCUGAUAAACUGUUCUUGAGUAUUGACUGUGGAGGAACUGCCAACCACACCGACCGGUGGGGUAUCGAUUGGGUCGUCGACGACGGUUAUAUCAAGACAGGGGAAGCUGCCCAAGUCCAGAAUCAUGGUGUAUACGACUCAGAGAUCAACAGCCUCCGUUACUUUUCCUCCCAAAAGAAGAGUUGCUACGUCAUCCCAGGCGUGGCGACGGGAAGGAAACACAUGGUUCGAGCAUCCUUCUUCUACGGCAACUACGACAGGAAGUCAUCGUCCCCAUCCUUCGGUCUUCAAUUCGAUGGCAACCAUUGGGUGGACGUCGUCACUUCAUCCAGCCAGUCCUACUAUCGUGAAGUAAUAUAUGCCCCCAAGAGAAACAAGAUCAGCAUCUGUGUUGCUAGGACGUCGCCUGACCAGAUACCCUUCAUCUCUACUCUCGAAAUUAGGGAACUGGAGACGGGCAUGUACCAAACGAACGGCGAAGAAGACGUUCUCCUGUGGACGAACCGGACGGCCUUCGGAGCGAAGAACUUUGUGAGGUCAUUCGACUUCAUGGUUGAUGGCAUCAAGCGGAACGACGAUCCAAUAAUCCCUCCUUAUGGGACAUAUGUGACCGACUAUAAUCAUGGUCGUGAUCUGACUGCUGGAUCGAAGGUUUCCUUGGUCAACACACGAGAUGCAUCCCUUCCUCCCAUCCUCAACGCCAUGGAGCUUUUUCAACUCAAGACAGGGCUCGCUGAUGGAACUAGUGAAAAUGAUGCUCCGAGGUCGGAUUUGAUGAUAGAGAUCAGAAGUAAAACACAGUACAGAUCUCGCAUCGGUAGAUUUCAAUGCCGCGAGAGGGCUGAAAUCCACGGAUUAGGGAUCAGGCCCCCCAUCCGAUCUCUAUCGCAGAUCUCAAAUCUGCACACGAUGCUAUGCUAUGGCGGGAGAUCUCGCGCCAUGCUCGUCGACUGACGCCUGCGAUGACUCUCUCUUCACCAAAGAAUCAGCAAUUACAAAAAUGUUUCAGAACACAAAGAAGAGAAGGAGAGGGAGCGAGAGAGGGAAAUAUUGAACCAAAGAUGGCCGACGCACCUUAGAAGUUCAAACCCUCACCCCAAUUUUUUUUUAAAACUGAUUGCUGCCGAGGGUUUCAGAAAAGAUAUUGAAACCCUCGGCACUGCCUGCCGAGGGUUGCAAAAAUUUAAGGAGAGAGAGAGAUGAGGGCAGACCGAGAGAGACGAGGGCUGGGUGGAAAAUCCACCCUCGUUGCUGGCCAGAAAAGAAAGGGAGAGAUGAAGGCAGAGAGAGAUGAGGGCAGACAGAAACGAGGGCUGGGUGGAAAAUCCACCCUCGUCGAUGGCCAGAAAAAGAAAGGGAGAGAUGAGGGCAGACAGGGAGAGACGAAUUCUGGGUGGAAAAUCCGCCCUCAUGGCUGGCCAGAAAAAAGAGGCGCCGACAAGAAAAAGAGGGAGAGAUGAGGGCAGAGAGAGAAGGGUUGGGUGGGAGAGACUCGGGCAUCGGGCCGGGUCGGUCCGACGGGCACGGCCGGGCCUCGUUAUAAUAUAAAAAUGUUUUUAAAUUAUAAAAUAAUUUUUUAAUAUAAAUUUUAUUUUAAAUAAUAAAAUAUAUAUUAUUAAAUUUUAAAAAUAAUAUUUUUUAAAUAUUAUUGAGCCAGACCAUGGGACCAACACCCGGGCCCAUUACAGUGCGGGCAUUGGGCCCCCCGCCGACCUAGCACCCACCCAUAGGAGAGAGACCAGGGUUGGCUGGAAAAUCCACGCUCAUGCUGGCCGGAAAAAGAGAGGGAGGAAGAGGGUCAGAGGGAAGGAGAGAAAUCAACCUACUGUGCCUCAAUGUCUGUCUGACGUCUGGAACUUGAGUUUGGCCUCCAGAUACUUAUACCUGAACCUCGGGCCGGUUGAGCUCGGUUUAGUAAAAUAAAAAAAAAUAUUUUUUAAAUAUAAACUAAAAAGUUUGAAUAUAAAAUAUAUUUUAAUAAUAAAAUAUAGAUUAUUAAUCAAAUUAAUUGGGUCGAAUAGAGUCUCAUUAGGCCGACCCGAAUCGAGUCUCAUUAGGCCCUGAUAUAUUAUCAACUUGGCCCAUGCUGAGAGGGGUAGAGCUAAGUUUUUUUUUUAAGAAACAGGCCAAACUAUCCAUCAAACUUAUCUAAAUAGGCCAAACUAAAGACAAAUAUAAAAAAUAUAUUAUCCAACAAAAAUUUUUUAAUAUAAUUUUUUUCUUCAAGUAACCCUGAAUCCCUGGUUUUUUGGAGAUUAAGCCUGGGCCAGAUGGUGCUGGGCACCCAGUAUCCGUGGAGUACCCAGGUUGCCCAGACUUACCUUUUGUCGACAAUGCCACUGCACACUGAUUGAAGAAAGCAAAACAACGACAUCCAUCAUGGUGGUCGCAGUCAAGACAAAUAGGUGAGAGAGAGAGAGAGUAUCCACGGGAGAGAUCAGACAGUGGUUCAUAAAACCAUGUUCUUUAAGAUUAGCUCCAGGGAGCCAUCAAACGCAACAUAAGGAAAAUGUGGUUUUAUGAAAAAUAGAUUCUCAAAAAAUUGAUGUUUUAAGUCUGCUUUGAAAACUGGUUUUUGAGACUGCACGACAGAACCCAAACUUUUUUUUUUUUCAGACAACUUGGGGGUGCACGACUUGGGGGUGCUUAUUCACCCCCUUUUGAUAGAGAGAGAAAGGGAUAAAUACAAGUUAAGCAAGUGUUCUUGUAUUUAUGACAUUUUUCAUGGUUAGUGAUGUUGACAAAUCAUAAUUAAGAUCAUCAUAAUUAAGGUCAUCUAUGGUGAGUAGGGAUGCAGUAAAUUACACUAUAAGGUUGCCGAUUUGAGUCUGAUUCUUAAGUUUGGGAACACAAAACCAUUAAUUACUUUUCAUUUCUGAAAUUGUGAUGAAAAUGCUGAAGUACAAAAUGCAUUUUUUCCCGUUUACUAUGGUUUACAAUUUUGGCCAUUUCUAUUCACAACAAAUUAAUUUGAGCACAAAUGUUGUUUUU